GCAGUGAGAAAUGAGACAACCUGAUGCCUCUAGAUCUUUGAUGCUCACAGGAAUCCUUGGCCCACCUUCUGCUCCUCCUAAAUGAAGUUGAGUUGGUGUCCUUCCGAGGAUAAAUGCUCAUUGCAGUCCAGAGGACGUCAACUGCCAGGAGCAUGUCCGUUCCCCCUCUUGGCCUGCAAACCCAGAUUCUGAUGGAUGGCGGACGGUGGUGACACCAUGUAGAAGGUGCUGAAGGGGGUGUCCUAACUGAGUUGCAAUGGUUUUAUACACUUCCCCAUUUCCUAACGGCUUUCUUUCUGCACUGCAUUCCUUCUCCUGGGGCUUAAUCUUCCCAUGCUAUUGGCUCGGGGACCGGCUCCUGGCUUCGUUUGUGCCUACCACUUACGAGAAACGGCAAAGGGGAGAUGACCCGUGCUACUUCCAUGCUCUCUGCAUCAUCAUCACCACGCCCAUCUACUUAGCAUUGCUGGUGGUGUCCCUUCCUUUUGCCCUGAUCGGCUUCCUGUUAUGGUCCCCUCUGCAGUCCGUGAGACAUCCAUACAUUUAUUCCAGGCUACAGGACAAAAGCCAGAUCAACGGAUCCUCCUUACUCACUGAGUGGAAGGCGGCCAACAAUGGGAAAAGCUUUUGUUUUAGCAGUGCCAACGUCUGCUUGCUGCCAGACUCCUUGGCAAGAUUAAACAAUGUUUUCAACACACAGGCCCGAGCGAAAGAAAUUGGGCGAAGGAUCCGGAAUGGUGCCAGCAGGCCCCAAAUCAAAAUCUACAUAGACUCUCCCACCAACACCUCGAUCAGUGCCGCCAGCUUCAGCAGUCUUGUUUCGCCACAAGGGGGAGAUGGCAAUAACCGGGCGGCCAACACGGGCAUUAAGAGAACCACAUCCAUAGAGUAUAAAGGGGAGAACGCCGGUCCUAACCAUGAAGAUGGCAGAGAUCCCAAAGCUGGAGGAGAUGCUGGGGAUGGAGAAGAUGGCAACACUUGCAUCGUGCGCAUCGGUGGUGAGGAUAACGGCCACAUUUCAGACCUAGAAGCCGAUGGGAUGGGAAGCCACAUGAAUAACAGCAAGGGAGCCAUCCCGAAAGGUCAAACCCCCAACCAUAAGCAAAAAGAAGGGGAUUCUGGAAGCUUGGAUAGCUGCACCGCCUCGCGAGAAUCCCUAGUGAAGAUGCGCUCUGGAGAUGGCCCAGUUGACCAAAGCACCGUGAACAGUAAACUCCUCUACAAGGCCUCGCUUAUGAAGAAGACCUCGGUGAAGAAAAAGAAGAAUAUGGACGAGCCCUUCGACCACGAGAUCUCGGCUUUCUUUCCUGCCAACUUGGACUUCCUGUGCUUGCAGGAAGUGUUUGACAAAAGGGCGGCAGAGAAGUUGAAAAAUCAGCUGCACCACUACUUUGAGUACAUUCUGUAUGAUGUUGGAGUCUACAGCUGCCAUGGCUGCUGUACCUUCAAAUUUGUGAACAGUGGCCUGCUUUUUGCCAGCCGCUACCCAGUUAUGGAUGCUGCCUAUCACUGUUACCCCAAUGGAAAAGGAACAGAUGCCUUGUCUUCAAAGGGUGCCCUGUUUCUCAAGGUGCAAGUGGGAAGUACACCUCAGGACCAAAGAAUUGUAGGAUACAUUUCCUGCACCCACUUGCAAGCUCUGGCAGAGGACACAACCGUUCGAUGCGAACAACUGGAUCUGCUUCAGGAUUGGCUGGCUGAUUUCAGAAAAUCUACCUCCUCUUCCAGUACAGCCAACCCAGAGGAGCUGGUGGCAUUUGAUGUGGUCUGUGGGGAUCUGAACUUCGACAAUUGCUCAUCAGAUGACAAGCUGGAACAGCAGCACUGCUUGUUCACCCACUACAAGGACCCAUGUCGCCAAGGUCCAGGGGAGGACAAAUCAUGGGCAAUUGGAACCUUGUUAGAUCCAAAAGGACUAUAUGACGAAGAAGUGUGCACUCCAGAUAACUUACAGAAGACAAUGGAAAGCGAAGACGGACGGAAAGCCUUCCUUGUGUUUCCGGCCAGUAAGAGCCAGGCCUCGAGUCAGAAAGGGAGGAAGGGAGCGCUGAAAGGCAACGGGAGGAGGAUUGACUACCUGCUCUACAGCAAGGAAGGACUCUACCUGGAGUGGAAAACAGAAGUAGAAGAAUUCAGUUUUAUUACCCAAUUGGCAGGACUCACAGAUCACCUGCCUGUUGCCAUGCGUCUAGUGGUUUCAACUGGAGAAGAAGAUUCUUAAAGAAGGAAGG